UUACUUGCCGGCUGUUCCUAACAGCUUUGAAAGACGAAAUGUUGUAUUCGCGAAGCCCUACAAUCGGGUGUCACCGCAAUGACGGGUGUGUUACUUCACCAGCUGACAGUAAGUAGUCGAUGUCAUUGUCACCGGCCGCCACCGCGCGUUAAUAUAUAGAUACCCCAAUUGUAGCCCGGACGUGCCAAAGCAUCUCAGCGACACAGAUCAAUUAAAAAAUGUCUCGUUCACUUUGCAUUACCUCGGCGGAGGGCCACACCGGGUUUCUAAUCGCCGAACUGUGUCUAACAGACCCUAACUUCGCCGAUAAGCUCGGCUCUGUUACAUGCUUGUCCCUCCAUCCUAAUGCCGAUUCUUGCAAAGAGCUCACCAAGCUUGGUGCGAAGAUUGUUUCGCACAAGCCUGGCCGGCUUAGGGAUACUGUUUCUGCUCUAAAGAGUAUAGGAGCAGAUACGAUGUGCUUAAUUCCACCGACACAUCAAGAUAAAUUCGAUAUCACGGUUGAGUUGAUUGAAGCAGCUAAGAAAGCUAAUAUUCCAAAUGUUUGCUUUCUUAGCUCGGCUGGCUGCGAUCUAGCAGAGCGAGACAGGCAACCCCGUCUACGUGAGUUUAUAGACUUGGAAGCUAUGUUCAUGUCCUCAAAGGGGGAUCCGUCGACCUCGACAGGUCAUUCUCCCGUUAUUGUGCGACCCGGAUUUUACGCGGAGAAUCUCCUCCUCUACUCCAAGCAGGCGCAGGAAGAGGGCUUACUUCCCCUUCCCAUCGGCACUAACCACAAGUUCGCGCCGAUCGCUCUUGGUGAUGUUGCACAAGUUGUCGCUCAUGUUCUAACAGGUGAAGGAAAACAUGGAUUUAGCGAUGAACACAGAGGGCAGCUUAUAGUUCUGACUGGACCGAUGCUUGCUACCGGUGAUGAGCUUGCCACAGCUGCUAGUAAGUCAAUAGGAGAGGACCUUCAAUUCGAAGAUAUAUCUGAGGCGGAAGCCAAAAAGGUCCUGCAUGCUCAGGCUGAAAGUGACGACUCCGAGAUACAAUAUUUACUAGAGUAUUACUCUCUAGUGCGUGAAGGUAAGACGAACUAUAUCUCUACCACUGCCUUUCACGACAUUACUGGCGGACACCCCCAGGAGCCGCCAGAUUUCUUCAAGGUGUACGAGCAGGAUCUUCAUCCAAAGCAUAGUCAUAAAAAGCGGAAACGGUGAUCAGUCGGCCUGUAUGCGGUAGGGGUGGUCGGCAGAAUCAUUUCUUACCAAAAAUCUUUUUUCUUUCUUUUUUGCUCUUCUCUCCUAAAUGUAGUUGGGUUAUCUGUGAAUAUUAUUCUAGUCGGGAAAUCUUCAC